GGCCUGUGGGGGAAACCACUCUGUGUUCCUGCUGGAGGACGGAGAGGUCUACACGUGUGGUUUGAACACCAAGGGACAGCUGGGCCAUGAGAGAGAAGGGAACAAGCCAGCCCAGAUCAAAUCUAGACACCGAAGCUCCAUGAAGAAGUUUAGAUGGGUGUGGUGUUGCCUGUCUGAAAUCUCAGCACUCAGGAGGCUGAGGCAAGUGGAUCAGAAGUUCAAAGCUGGCCUGGACUAUCUAGCCUGUGUAAAAACAAAACUAACCAAACAACAAAAAAGUUCAGUCUUUUUUAGAUGGUUUUACUCAUGUGUGUUCACUUAGGCAAGUAAACUUGGUAUCAGGAUGAGCUAAUUUUCUUCUGUGACACUGUCUCCCUCUCAUUUACUAUCUCCCAUAGUAAGUGACUGUGUGCCACAGUUUCCCUGUCCAAAUGACAGUAUUAGUUUGUAACUUACUUUUUAUGUUAGUUAUUGGAAAAAGGCCCUCACAGUUUGUCAUAAGCAAAAUGACAGUGUGUGAAGUGUGCUUAGUGAUCUCCCAUUUCCUCCCUCUCUGCCCCAGGUUCCCUCUCUGAGAUGCGCACUAGGUCUGCUCACUUGCAGCAAUACCAUGGGUUUUCCUAGACUGUAGGCCCUAACUCUUGGGCUUUCAAGGAGAGGGUUUGUAAAAUCAUCAGCUGACAAAUACCCUUCCAUGUAUAGUGUGCCUUAAACUGCAGAUUUUCAAAUGAUCCUGCUUUUCACUAAAAAUCAGAUAAGAGAGCCACCAAUUCAUAAAUCAGUAAACUCUAUGUAUUCUAUGUUUUAUCCAUGAUUAUAAUAUAAAAGUAUAAUGUACAAGUACCACAAAGGUGACAUGAAGAUUUUUGACUUUUACAAAUUAUCAUCUGGAAAAUAUUAAAAAGGAAAGUCUUCUUUCUCCUCAUGUUAAACCUCACUUUUCUCACGUUAAGCUCCUAAAUGUGCCCUGUUUCCCUAGGUGAGAGCCAGUGUCAAACAAUGGGCCUACAGAGGGGUUGGUGGCAGGUCACAACCCAACAGCUUGCUCUGAAUCACUCAGGUAGAACUCAGAGAUCCUUUGGCCACUUCACUUCAGUGAUUCUUGAAGGAUUUGUGCUCAACCUGGCCAGCCUUUGAAGGGAAUAUUUUGGGAACUGGGAGAUCUUUUCUUACUCCUAGAGGUGGCAGACUCCUAGAGGUGAACUCUGGAGUCAGAACAAAUUGGAGCUUUGGCAGAUCAGCACAUCAUUCAUGUGGCAUGUGGCGAGUCCCACAGUCUGGCCCUUAGUGACCAGGGUCAGCUGUUUUCGUGGGGUGCAGGGAGUGAUGGUCAAUUAGGACUCAUGACUACUGAGGAUUCGGUGGCAGUGCCCAGGUUAAUACAAAAGCUGAACCAGCAAACCAUAUUACAAGUUUCCUGUGGCAAUUGGCAUUGCUUGGCUCUUGCAGCUGAUGGCCAGUUCUUCACAUGGGGAAAGAACAGCCAUGGGCAGCUGGGCCUAGGGAAGGAGUUCCCUUCCCAAGCCAGUCCCCAGAGGGUGAGGUCCCUGGAGGGGAUCCCACUGGCUCAGGUGGCUGCAGGAGGGGCUCAUAGCUUUGCCCUGUCUCUCUCAGGAGCUGUUUUUGGCUGGGGAAUGAAUAAUGCAGGGCAGCUAGGGCUCAGUGAUGAAAAAGAUCGAGAGUCUCCGUGCCACGUGAAACUAUUACGAACACAGAAAGUUGUCUAUAUUAGUUGUGGAGAAGAACACACAGCAGUUCUCACAAAGAGUGGAGGUGUGUUUACCUUUGGUGCUGGUUCCUGUGGGCAGCUUGGACAUGACUCCAUGAAUGAUGAGGUUAAUCCAAGAAGAGUUCUUGAACUGAUGGGCAGUGAAGUAACUCAGAUUGCUUGUGGCAGACAACAUACCCUUGCCUUUGUGCCUUCUUCCGGACUCAUCUAUGCAUUUGGUUGUGGAGUUCGAGGUCAGCUAGGAACCGGACACACUCGUAAUGUGAAAUGUCCAUCUCCUGUGAAAGGUUACUGGGCUGCUCACAGUGGACAGCUUUCAGCCCGAGCUGAUCGCUUUAAAUAUCAUAUUGUUAAGCAGAUCUUCUCUGGAGGAGACCAAACUUUUGUACUUUGCUCCAAAUAUGAGAAUUCUUCUCCUGCUGUUGACUUCAGGACCAUGAACCAAGCACAUUAUACCAGUUUAAUAAAUGAUGAAACCAUAGCAGUUUGGAGAAAAAAACUUUUAGAACACAACAAUGCCAAUACAAUUAAUGGUGUUGUUCAGAUAUUAUCUUCUGCAGCCUGUUGGAAUGGAAGUUUUCUUGAAAAAAAAAUUGAUGAACAUUUUAAAACAAGUCCUAAAAUCCCUGGGAUUGACCUGAAUUCAACUAGGGUGUUAUUUGAGAAGUUAAUGAAUUCUCAGCAUUCCAUGAUUCUGGAACAGAUCUUGAAUAGCUUUGAAAGUUGCCUGAUACCUCAGUUGUCGAGUUCACCACCAGAUGUCGAAGCGAUGCGAAUCUAUUUAAUAUUACCUGAGUUUCCCCUGCUCCAGGAUUCCAAGUAUUACAUAACCCUGACCAUUCCCUUGGCAAUGGCCAUUUUGCGACUGGAUACAAACCCCAGCAAAGUAUUAGAUAACUGGUGGUCUCAGAUAUGCCCGAAAUAUUUCAUGAAGCUGGUAAACCUCUAUAAAGGUGCAGCCCUUUAUCUACUAAGGGGAAGAAAGACAUUCUUAAUUCCUGUACUGUUUAACAAUUAUAUUACAGCGGCCCUCAGGCUCUUGGAGAAGUUAUACAAGGUAAAUCUUAAAGUGAAGCAUGUAGAAUAUGAUACCUUUUACAUUCCUGAGAUUUCCAGUCUUGUGGACAUUCAAGAAGACUACCUCAUGUGGUUCUUGCAUCAAGCAGGAAUGAAGUCUAGACCAUCUAUAAUACAGGAUGCCGUGACACUUUGUUCUUACCCUUUCAUCUUUGAUGCCCAAGCCAAGACCAAAAUGUUGCAGACCGAUGCUGAAUUACAGAUGCAGGUGGCGGUCAAUGGAGCCAACCUGCAGAACGUCUGCAUGCUUCUCACCCUGGAGCCUCUGCUGGCCAGAAGCCCCUUUCUGGUUCUUCAUGUUCGUAGAAAUAACCUGGUUGGAGAUGCCCUAAGAGAGCUGAGCAUUCAUUCUGAUAUCGAUCUGAAAAAACCUCUCAAAGUGAUCUUCGAUGGGGAAGAAGCAGUGGAUGCUGGUGGUGUUACAAAGGAGUUCUUUCUUUUGCUAUUAAAAGAACUUUUGAACCCCAUCUAUGGAAUGUUCACUUACUAUCAGGACUCACAUCUCUUGUGGUUUUCAGAUACGUGUUUUGUAGAGCACAACUGGUUUCACUUGAUUGGCAUAACCUGUGGACUAGCUAUCUACAACUCCACUGUGGUUGAUCUCCACUUCCCAUUGGCUCUGUAUAAGAAGUUGCUAAAUGUAAAACCUGGCUUGGAAGACUUGAAGGAGCUGUCACCCACUGAAGGAAGGAGUCUUCAAGAGCUUUUAGAUUAUCCAGGAGAAGAUGUUGAGGACACUUUCUGCCUUAACUUCACGAUCUGCCGAGAAAGCUAUGGAGUAGUUGAACAGAAGAAGCUGAUACCUGGGGGAGACAGAGUGACUGUGUGCAAGGAUAACAGGCAGGAAUUUGUGGAUGCUUAUGUGAACUAUGUCUUCCAAAUCUCCGUUCACGAAUGGUUUAGCGCCUUCUCCAGUGGCUUCCUAAAGGUGUGUGGUGGCAAAGUACUGGAGCUCUUCCAGCCUUCGGAGCUCAGGGCCAUGAUGGUGGGGAACAGCAACUACAACUGGAGAGAGCUAGAAGAGACUGCCACCUACAAGGGUGAUUACUCAGCCACACAUCCCACCGUGAAACUAUUCUGGGAAACAUUUCAUGAGUUUCCACUGGAGAAGAAGAAGAAGUUUCUCUUGUUUCUGACAGGCAGCGACCGGAUCCCCAUCUAUGGUAUGGCCAGCCUGCAGAUUGUCAUCCAGUCCACAGCCAGCGGGGAGGAGUAUUUGCCUGUGGCCCACACUUGCUACAACCUUCUUGACCUCCCCAAGUACAGCAGCAAAGAGAUUCUGAGGGCACGGCUGACCCAGGCCCUUGACAACUAUGAGGGCUUUAGUUUGGCCUGAGGCUCCCCAGCUUGUCCUAGACUCCCCUGCCUUCCUCAGUGUCCUCAUUGAGGCCUAUACAGAAUAUCAUGGGGAGUGAUUUCUAUUUUUUUAUUGUCUGAGUAGGUUGGGACUUUUGAAUCCUGAACCUGAUUGAUGUGUUUCUGGGAUUGUAAGUAGUGAACAGUCUUUUUGAAAAAUCAGAGUUUGGGGAUGGGAUGAACAAUUGGCUCUGGUAGGGGAGGUGGUUUUGAUUUUGUUUUAACCAAGCUACCCAGUGUUCCUUGCACCUGUGAAUGUGUUGCACUCUGCUAGGUGGAAUGGCAGUAGAUUUUUAAACUUUGAUUUCCCAAAUACUCUGUCUCGAUCUUUCCUCACAAUACCUUCUAUCCUCCUAACUUCUCAUUCCUCUCCAAGAAUGAUCCAGACUGAUCCGUCCCUCUUACCUGCGCAUGCAGACCAUCUCCUUUCUCUGCAGCUUUGGCAAGAUCUGGCUUGUUGCAGCACUCCUCUGACCCAAAGGAAGAAAGGACUCUUCAGAAACUCCCGAUUCCAAAAAGCUGAGUUUGGGGCCAUUACUUUGUUGGAGCUCCUAAGAAUUUCGGGAGCCUUUAUGAACACAAUCUGCUUUUAAAAAAAAUUCCUUGAAGGAAUAGCCUCCUUAAGAUAUGCAGAGCAUGUUAGAGUUGCGGCUGAGCCUGAUUUUGUUUAAUUGCUCAGCCAUACCCCUUUUACAAUAUGAUGAUUUGAUAGAGUACCUACAACUCCAGUUCUCUCGCUGUUGGAGCAAGUUGCAUUAAUUUUUGUAGAGUAUAUUGGCCAAGGAAAGUAGAAAUAAUACAUCUCUUGUCCUUUCUCCAUUACGUCUUCUACCACUUUCUCUUUUCCUCCCUUCUUUCUACCAUGCUUCACUCCCUCUCUUCUUUACGUCAUCCUGUUCUGUUAUUUCACUUGGUUCUUCCUUCCUUUUCUCCUUCUAGUGGAUGCAUGCUGUGGUUUUUUUUUUUAAAUUACAAAAUUUCUACUUAGACUUUUUCCCUCUUCUCUCAUUGUUAAGACUUAAGGACCUUGUUUAUGAUGGAAUUUUUGUUUAUCACAUUUGAAAUGCUUGUUUACAGUGGGGAUGGGGGGGAUAGUGUUUAAGUCAAAUACAUGUAUCUCAAAAAUGACAUGCUCAACCUCACUCAUCAUGGAAUAGGAAAAUUCUACAUGAUCAAAGAACUUAUGUAAGCCUAAUUUUAAAUUCCUAGUAACUAGAAGAAAGACUUAUUUAUAUGAAAUAUUUAUGAACUGUGAUAUAGCAUCAAGUCUUGAUGAAGGAUUAUAGAAUUUUUCUUUUUGUUUUUAAAACUAACUCCAAUUGCUAAAUUGGUGGUUUUUCAGUCUUUAUAAAUACAAGAUUUAAAAAAGAUAUACAGUUAUAUGAAAUGUU